GGGUGAUCGGCUUACACAUGCUGCACUAUGGAUUCCUUAAGCUCUGCAGCGCCGGCUCUAUAUAUAAAGCCCUGCCCUGGAGGCUGAAGUACACAGACAGCUGCAAUAGUAGCAAGAGCUUCACAUUCCCGGUGUGCCAGAGGUCUGGAAGCAAGGCAGGCUGAGAGCCCUGCUUUGAGAGCAAGUUUCUUCCCCGGGGGCUCAGGUAAUAUCCACAAAUAUAUCCCUGGAAAAGGAGGACUGGGGUAAAAAGGACGAGCGGCCGCUCCUCGCCAUGGGUUUGCCUCUUGAUCAAGUGGAAGAAUUGCGUCUCUACCAGCAAACUCUCCUCCAGGAUGGACUCAAAGACAUGUUGGACCACAAUAAGUUCCUGGACUGUGUCUUGAAAGUCAAAGGGAAGGAGUUUCCCUGCCACCGGCUGGUGCUGGCAGCCUGCAGCCCCUAUUUCCGAGCCAUGUUCCUCUCAGACAUGGAAGAGAGCAAGAAGAGGGAGAUAAGUCUGGAAGACGUCGAUCCGGACGUCAUGGGCAAGAUCCUCCACUACAUCUACACCUCGGAGCUGGAGAUCACGGAGCAGAACGUGCAGGACAUCUUCUCCGUGGCCAACAUGUUCCAGAUCCCCUCCAUCUUCACCGUGUGCGUGUCCUUCCUGCAGAAGAGGCUGUGCCUCAGCAACUGCCUGGCCAUCUUCCGGCUGGGGCUGAUGCUGGACUGCGCCCGGCUGGCCGUGGCCGCCCGGGAUUUCAUCUGCGACCGCUUCGCGCUGGUCUCCCGCGACGAGGAGUUCUACCAGCUCUCCCCCGACGAGCUCAUCGCCAUCAUCUCCAGCGACUCCCUCAACGUGGAGAAAGAGGAGACCGUCUUCGAGGUGGUGAUGAGGUGGGUGGGGACCAAGGACUGCGAGAGCCGGCAGAAGGCCCUGCCCGUCGUCUUCGAGAGCAUCCGCUUCCGCCUCAUGCCCAACGACUACAUCAGGGACCACGUGGAGAAGCACAGCGUGGUGAAGUCCAGCCCCGAGCUCCUCAAGAAGCUGCAGAUGGUGAAGGACGCCCAGAAGGGCAAAUUCACCGUGGUGAAGAAGAAGAAGGUGAAGAAAAACAGUGAAAACCAAGCGAAGGACAACGUUGUCAACGGAGCAGUAGAUGAGGAGGGAGACGCGGAGGAGGACGCUCUCCCCGGGAUCUUAAAUGACACCAUGCGCUUCGGGAUGUUCCUGCAGGACCUCAUUUUCAUGGUGAGCGACAGCGGGGCAGUGGCCUAUGACCCCAAUGCCAACGAGUGCUAUUUUGCCUCCCUGUCCACUCAAAUCCCAAAGAACCACAUCAGUCUGGUGACCAGGGAGAAUCAGAUCUUCAUUGUCGGAGGACUGUACUACAACGAGGACAGCAAGGAGGAUCCCAUGAGUUCCUACUUCCUGCAGUACGACCACCUGGACGCAGACUGGCUGGGGAUGCCCCCCCUGCCCUCUCCUCGCUGCCUCUUCGGCCUGGGAGAGGCGGAAAACUCUAUUUUCGUGGUCGGAGGGAAAGAACUGAAGGAGGGGGAGAAGACCUUGGACUCUGUGCUGUGCUACGACCGGCUGUCCUUCAAGUGGGGUGAAGCCGAUCCCCUGCCCUACGCUGUCUAUGGCCACGCUGUGGUGUCACACAAGGACCUUGUCUACGUCAUUGGGGGCAAAGGAAGUGACAAGAAGUGCCUGAAGAAGAUGUGUGUCUACAACCCCUCCAAGUUCGAGUGGAAGGACGUGGCCCCCAUGAAAACUGCCCGCUCCUUGUUCGGGGCCACCGUGCACAAGGACAAGAUCUACGUGGCCGCCGGCGUGACCGACUCGGGCCUGACCAGCUCGGUGGAAGUCUAUGACAUUGCCACCAACAAGUGGGACACGUUCACAGAGUUCCCCCAGGAGCGCAGCUCGGUCAGCCUGGUCAGCCUGUCCGGGGUGCUCUACCUGCUCGGGGGGUUCGCCACGGUGGAGACGGAGUCAGGAGAGCUGGUGCCAACGGAGCUCAACGAUGUUUGGAGGUAUGAUGAGGAGCAGAAGAAGUGGGAAGGGGUUCUCCGGGAGAUCCAGUACGCCUCCGGUGCCACUUUCCUCCCUGUGCGCCUCAACGUUCUGCGUCUCACAAAGAUGUGAAAAACUGGGCAUUUUUCCAUGAAGGGGUGGGGGGAUGGUCUGGGGCAAGGAGGGAUGAGGGGAGAGAGGUGAUGCUUGUCAGGGAUGUGGCAUCUGGAUACUGUGUAAGGACAUUGCAUCUGAGAUUGGGACUUUUUUACUUCGACAGCAAACGGGGGAAAUGACCUUGAAGCUCUGUGGGAAUUUGAAGAUGCUCUCCAGGGUAAUUAGAGGAGGGAUAUGGAGCCUGGAAGGAGCUGGGAGAGGCAGAG